GAUUUGUUAAACUCGAAUUAAAUAUCCGUUAUGAUAUUUAUUUUAGAAAUGAGAAUGGCACAGGAGAAAAUGUUGAGUUUUUUAUGAUUAUUUAUUUAGUUUUACUUUCCUCCCAAGUGCUUGCAAAUAUUUCUUGCGUGGUCUCGUGACAUAUACCGGAAGCUACAAAAUAUACAGGAGGCUUGACGGUCGGAUAGAAGCAUCAGCUGUGCUGGAUAUAGUGACCCAAUUUACAGUCAGAGGAACAGCUCCUCGCAGAACCACCGUGACCCACGGCCGUGGUGGAAGGAAUGAACCAGGCUCCAGAAGCGCAGCCUGAAUCAAAGAGGAUUUGAUGCCAUCAAAGUGAGAGGGGAAGGCCAACUUAUAAAGCAGCAGAACACCGAGUGAGCAGGUGGAGAAAGGCACUUGAAUUUUGGGGUUUCUUGCUCACAGAGAUCUUUGUUCUCAACAAGCGUCUCAAGAGACAAGGGCUCAUUUGAAGUCAAUGGUCGUGAUGUCGUCAGCCAGGUUGAGGGAGUGCACCUGAGCGGUUUUGGGACGGCACGAUUUCACCGUCACCAGCAGCCAUUAGCCACACACACACACACACACACCACUGCCUCUAUCCACUGGGAAUGUGACUGAGCUGCACUUCUCACAUCUGAAAGCUGAUCAUUUUGCGGGUAAUUACUGGAACUUGUUGAUCCAAAUUCUUCUAUGGAGGAGGCGUUACAGGGUGGUGUUUGAGGAGCGAGCGACGGCCAUGCUGGAUCUCACCGGUCAUCGCCUGUCACCACAUGGCACACUGUUGCCAACCUAAUAUGUCACCGCUCCUCCUUUUUCAAGCUUUGGGAUCCCUGCCAGGUCAUUGUAAAAUGUCUUCGCUGCAGCUGGUCGGGGAGCGAGUCCCUGCCCUGUUCCUCCUGCUGCUGACCUUUCUCUGGCUGUCUGCUGCGCCCUCUGGUGUUUCAGCAAAUCUUUGCAGAGUGACAGGUGGGGUCCUGGGAAUCCACUGGAGCAGCGUCGUCGGCAUGGGUUGGUACUCUCUGGCAGGCGGGAGAGGUGGUGCCACGUGCUGGGAGUCCUGCUGCCUGACGCCGAGCUGCAAUGCUGUGUGGAGCCUGGGUGGCCGAUGUAUCCUCCUGAGCUGCUCCUUGAACAAUGGCUGUCCCAUCUCCUCGCUCCCUCAACCUCACCAGGAGUCGCUUGGCCUCUUUCAGAUGCUUGCCAGGGGUCCAGUUUUGAGUCGCAUGAGGAGGUCUCGCCAGACAAAACCAGCAGGAGCCCAACGGCCCAACACGAUGCCUCCCUCUGGCACGGAAGAAAUGUCCCUCCUGACUCCCACGGUUUCAACCACCAUCGCACUCCCGCCGACCAUCCUAAAGAACAUCAGUCAAACCAGCAGGAAGGCUGACUCUGCACCAGCUCCCUCGCUGCCAAACUCAGUUGUUGAUGAAACAGCAACCGACACUUUGUCCUCCAAUCGCUCUGACGCCAACACGCCAGUGGAAGCCUCCACUGCAGCACUAUCACUCCCGACACAAGCUGUGAGGGAGCUGGUGGUGUCUGCGGGCAAAAACGUGGAGGUCACGCCACAUGAUGCAGUUGAGUUGAAUGCGUUCGUCAUCCCAACACCGCCACCAGAUACAACAUACGCAUUUGACUGGCGUCUGAUCACGCAUCCAAAAGAUUACAGUGGGGAGAUGGAGGGGAAGCACAGCCAGACUCUGAAGCUCAGCAAGCUGACCGUGGGCCUGUACGAGUUCGGAGUUACAGUCGACGGGGAGGGUGCCCACGGCGAAGGUUACGUCAACAUCACUGUUAAACCAGAGCCUCGAGUCAACAAGCCCCCCGUCGCUGUGGUGUCUCCUAAAUUCCAGGAGAUUUCCUUGCCGACCAGCUCCACCGUGAUCGAUGGAAGUCAGAGCACUGAUGACGACAAAGUGGUAGCGUGGCACUGGGAUGAGAUUAAGGGUCCUCUACGUGAAGAGAAGGUCUCUGCAGACAUCCCUGUCCUCACCCUCACUAACUUAGUUCCAGGAAACUACACCUUCAGUUUGACGGUGACUGACUCAGACGGCGCCACCGACUCGACGCAGGCCACUUUGACAGUCAACAAAGCCAAGGACUAUCGACCAGUGGCCAAUGCUGGUCCAAACCAGGUUAUCACUUUGCCACGGAAUUCCAUCACUCUCUAUGGCAACCAGAGCACUGAUGACCACGACACCUUGUCGUACGAGUGGUCCCUCAGCAGCGAGAGCAAAGACAAGGUGGUGGAGAUGCAGGGCGUUCGAACUCCCAUCCUGCAGCUCUCCGCCAUGCAGGAGGGAGACUACACUUUCCAGCUGACUGUCACCGACUCAUCCGGACAGCAAGACACCGCUGAGGUCACGGUCAUUGUGCAGCCGGAAAACAACAAGCCACCGGUGGCAGAUGCUGGACCAGAGAAGGAGCUGACCCUUCCUGUGGAUCGGACCACGCUGGACGGAAGCAAGAGCAAGGACGACCAGAAGAUCGUGGCCUACCACUGGAAGCAGAGCAAGGGUCCCGGCGGUGUGAAGAUUGAGAACGCUGACAGUGCUGUGGCCACAGUGACAGGCCUGGAGGUCGGCACGUACGAGUUCACGCUGACGGUGACGGACGAGAGGAAGCUGCAGAAUAGUGACACAGUGACGGUCAUCGUCAGAGAAGAACUGGAUCAGCGUCCGUUGGCUCACGUGUUGUCCAGCCCUCCCAUCUCUCUCCCAGUGAAGACUGCCAUCCUGGAUGGGUCCCACUCUACUGACGACAAAGGGGUUGUGAGCUACCUGUGGACUCGAGACGACAGCAGUCCUGCUGCCGGGGAUGUGCUGAACAAUUCCGACCACCAGGCGGUGCUGUUCCUGGGAAACCUCGUUGAAGGAAAGUACAGCUUCUCCUUGACUGUGACUGACAGCAAAGGUCAAACCAGCAUGGCAAGAGGAACCGUGGAGGUCAAACCAGACGCAUGGGCCCUCGACCUUGUGGAGCUGGUGCUGGAGGUGGCAGUUUCCCAGGUGUCUCAGCGCCAGCGUGACAUGCUGCUCCGCCAGGUGGGAGUGUUGCUCAGCGUUCUGGACAGCGACAUCAUCGUCAGAGACAUCAGUGCGUUUAAUGAGCACAGCACUCGACUGGUCUUCCUGGUGUCCAGUGGUCCGGGGCGCCCACCCCUGUCUGGCCACAGUGUGGCGCUCAGUCUCCGAAACAAACUGAGGAAACAGAAGAAUGACUUCUUGAUAUUCAAAGCACAUCGUGUGGAUACGUUUGUCUGUCAGCUGAACUGCUCAGGCCACGGCGAGUGCGACUCUUUCACCCGCCGCUGCGUCUGCCACCCCUUCUGGAUGGAGAACUUCAUCAGGGUUCAAUAUGGAGAUGCAGAGAGCAACUGUGAGUGGAGCGUACUCUAUGUGACAAUAGCCUCUUUUCUGAUUCUGGUUGCUAUGGGGACGGUCGUGUGGGCCAUGGUGUGUUGUUGCAGCAAACAAAAGAGCAAAGUCCGCAGAAGUAAAAGUCGAUACAAAAUCUUGGAAGCAGAUGAACAGGACAGUCUGGAGCUGCAGCCGCCCAGAGCUGGCCGCUUGAAGCCAGCUCUGCCCCCCACCUCCUCCGCCCUCAUGCUCUCUGAUUCCGACCUGGACAGCGACGACGGGCGCGGAGGCCACCCGUGGAGGGACCAGGAGCGCGGCCACUUGCUCCGGCCGCAGAACGGCUCCCUGAGGAACGGCCAGGGUCCGGCCAGGGGGAAGAAGCACAGGGAGGAGUUGCUAUAGCGACAGGGGAGGAGGGGAGCUCGCCACUGCCCUCACCGACACACGCGGAAGACGCCGCCCCCACACUGACCCCCAGACUCCUCAAGUUUUUUUAACUGUCACAUGAAGGAUCCUGACUUUACACAGAGACACGAUGAAUGUUACUGCACAUCAUGUACUUUGGCGACCGGCUUGAACUUGCAUGGUCACACACACUUGUCGUCACACUGCUGCAGGUUGAAAACCACUCGACCAAACCACUGCCAUAUUCAACCCACUUGAUGAUGGUGGGACUGUGAACCCCCCCAGAAAAAAAGCAUGCAUGAAGAGCGAGUGACUGGCCGCAUGUUUGUUUGAGGCGCUUUUAUUUCUGUCCGUAUUUAUGUCUGUUACGAAGCUACAACUGGAGCAACGGAGAUUGGACUGUAAUCUGAGCCAAACACUGGACUUUAUUUUGGAGCGUCCUGUGGAUUUCUGCAUCACUGGAACACACACUGGAGUGAGGCUGCUCUCCUGGGGCCUCAAUUGGAAACGAGGUUUGCUCACAUGAGGAUGAAACAAAAUCACUGCUUGAAUCGUGUUGACCACUGACUUUACUGUGUGUUGAACCUCUGAAUCCUUUUCUCAGCUAAUUCUGCUGUUGAAUGAAGUGAAGCACAGGAACUGACUUUUAAUUUAUUGAUGAAAAGAACCGCUGUUAGAGCGGUUUAUUUUAUUUUAAAUGAUAUUUUAUCAAGUAAUAAGUUUCACAAGCGCCAUAGUGUUAAAGUUAAAAAACUACUGGGCCGCCAGCAGAGGUUCUCAGUGUGCCAUCUUUAUGUACCUCCACAAUGAACCAAAGUGAAUAAAAGUUUUCUUGUGUGGCUCCUUAAAUGUUUUUCAAACAACCACACCAGGGCGUCAAAGUCACUUUUUCUGAAGCGGCACUUCUGUUUCUAGCUGGAAAGAUGAGGGAAAGUUAAAAAAAAAAUACUUAUCACAGUGGUUGUCAUGGUAAACAAAGCUUAUCUUUGUAAUAGCCACUGCUGAGUCACCAGGCCUGUGACAGGAUCAUGGCUGUGGUUGUCAUGGGGCAGUAAUUUGAAACAGAGACGUGAAGAGUAUUUGACCCCAGUACUAAUAGCUGGAGUUCCCCAAGGAACACGAGUAAUUGUGUGGCUGAGAUGUUCUGGGGUUAACUGAUCCUGAGCUCUUUGAUUGGAGAUUCAUGUAACAGUAUUCAUGAAAAAUAAUUCUGGAAAAUAAAGACCUUUUGAUUUUUAUUUGGAAAAAAAAUGUUUCAUCUGAACUUCGCAACAUGCUGAGGAAAUGUUGCUGGAGUAGGAUAUCUGAAACUGUUUUUUUUUUUUUUUUAUGGUAUUUUGUGGACUAUUUUACAAAACACAUGGUUUUGAAGAAUCUACUGACUCCACAGUGAAUGUAUGGAGAGCUGUUAUGAGCACAUGAAGGCAGCCUGAGGAUGAAUAAAGGGAGGGAUUGUGCUUCUUUCUGGUGUGACUGGAAAAUGUGGGAUUUUUAAUACAAUCAUUUUUCUUGCAA